GUUUACUGUCCAAUCAAAAAGCGGACACGAGGAGUCAUGUGGGCAUAAUGAAGCGCUGAUUGGAGGGCGGCAAAGAAGAAAGAGAACUUUUGGGAGUUUUAUAGCUGGGAGAGCUUUGGGCUAUACAAGAGACAAGGGAGCGUCGCAGAGACGCGGCGAAUGACAGAAAGGAAACGAAGCGAGGACGAGUUAAAUUGAGAGGGCCUGGCAUUUGGAAGUUGUAUGGCCCCUUUACCCUCCACCAUGAGCUCUGUUCAAGGACCGCUUUCCCAAGAAAGUGAAGCACAGAAGCGCGCAAACACGGACGCAGAAGAGACUGAGAGCACCGAGAGAGCGGCGGCCAAGGGAUGUAAAAGCAAGGCGUUCAGUCUUCCCUUUAGCGUGGAGUCUCUAAUAUCGGACAGAGUUACCUCCAGGACUUCAUAUUCCGCAUCUGACUCAGGGCUUAUAUCCCCUUCCGAGGAGCGAUCACAACUCUCACCCAUGGCUCUUUACACAGACAGAAAACUGCCGCUGGAGACCGUCUCAAACUUAGCUGUGGGGAAAAGAGGAGACGCGGAGGAGAAGGGACAGGGCGGAUGGUUUCAGACACCAUCGUACACUUCUCCGCCAAGACACGCGAGUCCGACUCCAUGCGCGCUCCGAAAACACAAGAACAACAGAAAACCGAGGACCCCGUUCACCACCUCGCAGCUGCUCGCUUUAGAGAGGAAGUUUCGCCAGAAGCAGUACCUCUCCAUUGCGGAAAGAGCGGAGUUUUCGAAUUCACUGAAUCUAACAGAGACACAAGUGAAGAUAUGGUUCCAAAACAGGAGAGCGAAAGCGAAGAGACUUCAAGAAGCAGAGUUAGAGAAACUAAAACUCGCCUCGAAGCCCCUGCUGCCAGCGUUCGCCUUUCCCUUCGCGCUGGGAGCGCACGUGCCUUCUCCCGGUCUGUACGCAGCCUCGAGCUCUUUCCCGCGGCCCUCACUACCCGUGCCGGGGCUCUUCGGCGGACCUGUUACCUAUGGGAUGUAUUAUUUGUCUUAAACGUGUUCAGUGUAAUUAACUGCAGGACUGCUGUUCUUGACAUUCAGAAACGGACAAGUAAAAUGUCUGAUUUUUUGCGAGGCUAUACACACAACUCUGAGAGCGACAGUUUAUAUUAGAGAUAACAUUCCGUUCUACCCUAAAAAUAAGUUACCUGUGGCUUACUGGCCAUUCUCUUUAUAAAAUAAAAUAAAAAAAACCCUGUAAAAAUCUGCAGCAAAAUUAAUUUUAAAGUUAAAGUAAUCUCUGAGCAAAUUAGUGUUUAAAUACAGUAUGUUAUUCAACAUACACUUGUAAAAUAUAGAUAGUCCUGAAGGCCAGAACCAUCUGUGUCAGAGUGAAUAUCAUUCAAGCAUCGCUAAAUUUCAAAUUAUUGUCAUACCAAGGGGGAAAAAAGUUCAGUAAGACUGCAUUUGCAAAAAAAAAAAAAAAAAGUAUUUGUAAUGUUAUUUGUGUACUGUUUUCGGGGGCUUUUAGCCGCUGCAGUCGCGCCCUGUUUUCGCUUUUCUCAGAGCCGAUGGUUUAAUAGUGAAGCAUAUAUCGCUCCUUGGGUUUACAUUCGCUCACAGUGAUGACUUUUAUUCGGUUUUUCGUUUAACCACAAUACCCUUAUGCUACAUGUACUAUGCUGUAGUUUGAUAGAUUGUAAAAUUAACCUCUAGACGUUUUUUUAUAACUGUAAAUAAGCGUAUAUUUUAGCGUACAGAUAUUUUCAACUUCAUUCGAAAUUAUGAAUAGAACUGAUAUUUAUAUACUGUUUACAUUUACCUCCUGUAAAUUAUUGUAUAUAUUUGUACAUAAAAUAGAAAAAAAAAUCUUUUGUAUUAAAAAAUACAUUUUGAA